CAUUAACUCAGUCUACCCCGCAUGCAUCUCACCACAUGAUAUCCUCUGCAUUGAGCAAAUUUUCAAAGGGUGAAGUAGAAUUGCGGGAGGCUCUCAUUUUAGGACAACCUGAGCGAUGUAGAAGUCCAAAUCUCCAAGUGAUUUUCCCCCGAGAAGUACGAGUAUUUAAGUCCACCAUGCUGGUCUAAGUUUGAUAUAAUCUUAUUUUCGAGAACUACUCCUCCGUCACCGCGAUUCAUCAGCUUUAACUGUCAUAAACUGUGUAGCUGCCUCAGAUAAUCUCCAGGAACCGUUCUCUUCGAUAUAGGCUCUGAGGAUGUGUAAAUUCAGAUUCCCACUCUCGCUUGAAACAGACAUAAUAGCUCUCCGGAGAAUUCUACAUAUUUGGACGAAGGAUUGUGUCUAGCACUGAUUCUGUAAUUCUGGUUUGAGUUCAAACCGAUUUGAACUGAAGAAAAUAGAAUGUCCAUGACGGCCACUGAGCUGAUUUAAAUUUGACCUGGUUUUAGUUGGAUUACCGUUCCUGCACAGAACUGCAUUCGGUUCAAAAAGAAAUGGCGAAGUUCUUCGGAGCUGCCAUUGCCAUAAGUAGUUUGAUUCUCUUCAUAGGCACAGUUGGCAUAUUGGGAAUGGGACGAGACCAUUUCAUGAACAGCUCAAAGUCCGUCGAUUACAGGGAUUAUAUAACAGGUGUGGUUAUCUUCGGGGACUCCACUGUGGAUGUAGGCAACAACAAUUACCUUCUCACCGUGGUGAAGAGCAAUUUCGAGCCGUAUGGAACAAAAUUCGAAGGGGGAGGUGCCGCUGGUCGCUUCUGUGAUGGGCAGAUAGCCAUAGAUUUUAUAACUCGAAAAAUUGGCUAUCCGUUGCCGCUACCAUAUUUGGCACCCAACGCGCAUGGAAAAGCCAUUCUCACUGGCAUCAACUUCGCAUCAUCAGCUUCAGGCUGGUAUGAUAAGACGGCUGAAGCCUUCAAUGUGAAAGGGUUGACGGAACAGCUUCUGUGGUACAAGAAUUGGAAGAACGAGGUGGUGUCCUUGGCUGGUCAAGAGGAAGGGAACCACAUCAUCAGCAAUGCCCUGUAUGUUUUUAGCACUGGCUCCAAUGACUGGAUUAAUAAUUACUACUUAUCCGAUGAUUUGAUGGAGCAAUACACCCCCGAAACAUACACUACCUUCCUCAUCAGCCUUGCCCGCUAUCACAUUCAGGAGCUCUACGACUUAGGUGGUCGCAACAUUGCGGUGUUGGGGCUCCCGCCGCUAGGGUGUCUGCCUUCUCAGAUAACCUUGAAUGGCAAAGGAAACCCAGGUUGCGUUGAGGAUUUCAACAUAGUUGCGAAGGAUUUUAAUGACCAGUUGCGCGCACUAGUCGCUGAACUGAAGCAGACUUUCCGCAAAGGACGUGUCGGGUACCUGGACACCUACACCAUCCUCGACAAAAUUGUCCACAAUCCUGAAUCAUAUGGAAUAUCUGAGACGAGAAUCGGGUGCUGUGGCAUUGGGACAAUCGAGACCGCAAUUCUCUGCAACAAAGCAUCAGUCGGCACCUGCCCAGAUGCGUUCCCCUAUGUCUGGUGGGACAGUUUCCAUCCCACCGAUCAUGUUUACAGUUUGAUCGCAGUGGAUUUGUUUAAUCAGGCUCUGCCUGUAUUCGAUGGUUCAACUCCCCAGCCCUAAACACUGCUAUAGUUAGUCAGUUAUGUUGUAAGCGAUCUCGGAUCAUGUGGUCCGAACACAGUCAAUCACACAUCCGAAGCCCAACUCAUACAAUGAAUGGUGUCGUCACCAUCCCACGUCGACAAGAGUUCAGAGGGGCUUCACAAGACGAUGCGUACAUGACAAGCUAGAAGAACAGUUCGACACCAUUGUUGGGUGGAGAAAAGCAGAGGCGUAUUCUACACCAUUCUACUACAUUUUGAAAGAACACCGUACUAGAGAAAAAAACACUACAAUAUAUUAUUUGUAUAAGUGUUUUAAACAUCAUUGAUCAUGGACUGAAUUCCAGGAUUCGAGUUCAGUAUGUUACUGUAAUGGAAACAACAUUUUUAGGAUUCUGA